AUGAUGUUUGGCCGCUCGCAUGCGCCGCAGAAGGAGUGGGGCAACAUGUACUUCUACGAGAAGCUGCACCACCUCAUCGACCACACCUCCAACUUCGUCAUUUCAAAGGUGGACUGGUGGCUUCCCUCCGUCGCGGUGGGGAUCGCGCUUAGUCUUUUCGUUCUCGGCGGCCCAGAGGCCCUGCCGCAGGCGGCGUCCAUUGUGCUGCCCUCGGCCACCCCCGCCGUGACCACUCCUCUGUUCGCUACGCCGGAUGCGCCGCAGGGCGGUGCGGCCCCGGAGGAUGACGAGGAGUUUUAG